UACUUUUUGACCUUGGACUGGUACAUGAUUAGUAUUAACCGUGUGUUGAGAAUGAGUAUGAAAAUCAAUACGCAGUCGAGAUUCUGACACACAUUAAAUAUAGGAUUCAUUGAUGCGGUCAAGCAAGAAAACUAAGCGUUGUGACAACAGACCGUUCCUUACAAGACGGGUUUAGUUGAGUAAGGCUCCUCGGAAGUUGGGUAACUGAUCGUAUGCUUUUCAGGGAGGAAGAUGGCGGAACAAGUUUCGCCGGCAUUAGAAGGUGGUAAAGAUGUAAUUACACAUUGUACAUGUAAUGUUAAAAAUAAGAAUUAUUCUGUCAGUCUGACAAACGGCGAACUAACAUGGCACAUUGCAGGCAACACUGAACAGAAAGAAAUACAGACUGUCAGAACAGUGGACAUACUUUCUGUGUCACUACAGAGCUCAACAAAACAGAACAGUAACAAUGACAGUGUGUGUGUCUCCUAUGUUAGACAGGAGAAAAAGUACAUAUUGAAAUCAUGUUCUGUUGUGUUCACAGCUGGUGAUUUACAGUUAAUCGGUAACCUUCAUCAGCAAAUCACCGAUGUGAUCAGAAACGUUGGACAGAAACCAAAGAGGUUGUUGGUGCUGAUCAAUCCAGUGAGUGGUAGAAGCAGGGGUAGAACUGACUAUGAACAAAAGGUGGCACCCAUCUUCCGGGAUGCUGGGAUAGACACGGAUGUCAUUGUCACAGAAAAAGCGCAUCACUGUGAGGAAAUAUUGUCAACAUAUGAUAUAAAGUCAGUAAAUGGGUUAGUUUUGGUUGGUGGGGACGGAUUGUACCACGAGGCGGUGAAUGCGUUAAUGAAAAAACUGGCAUCUGAACAAGGUCUUAAUGUGGAUGAUCCUGAUGAAACAUUACCCAGUAUUGAUCUUCCUAUGGGAUUGAUGCCAUGUGGUACUGGCAAUGGGAUAGCAAGUGAUUGUUAUGGUAAUAAAGAUGUUACUACGGCAGCACUGUCAAUCGCAAUAGGCUAUCAGUACCCGGGGAACAUGAUGAGUGUUCAUAGUGGCAACAAGCUGAUUGCUUACAGUAUCGUGUUGGCAGGUUAUGGGCUAUGGGGUGACUUGAUGUAUGCAGCAGAAUCUAGGAGAGGUCAAGGACUAUGGAGAUAUCAAAUUGCAAUAAUGCAACAAAUGCUGAUGAAACCCUACCGCAGAGUAAAUUUGACAAUAGAGUAUACAAGCCGAGAAAUCCGAGAAAAACAAAAUGAUAGGGAAGUUAACGUACAAACAAAAGACGAAAUGGACAACACAGAUAUUGCUGGUAAUAUGAAAGAAACUCCAGAUAGCACUGCACAACCUGACGCUGUGACAAGUAAAAAUGGUUUCCAUUCAGCAACAGUAAAAGAAAAUGUAAUUGGAGCAUUAAUUUCACUAAUGACGCGGUCGGCAGCAUUCACUUCUACCGGAGAGCCGGCAUUGACUUCUGCCGGGGAACCGGAUGUUUCACAGAUGAUGAUGUGUUUGAACAAGUCAUCCCGGCUCAUGAACUUGAUCAGCUUCCUUUUUCAGAUGAUGACACUCAACUACAAUGCCAUUGAUAGAAGAGAUGAUAUAACAGUUCUGCCUGGUAAACAAUGGACGGUAAAGUUAGAAGACCCAAGUCAGCCGGAAACAGAAAAUUGGGAACUUGAACACAUCAUGAGUAUUGAUGGCGAGUUUUUUAGAUUGCCUAAACCAGAAUUUCAAGCAAAAUUGCUGUAUGACAAAAUAAAAUUGUUCAGCAACAUGCCGUAUGCAACGAAAAGGGAGAUGAAAAAGACAUGAUGCAUUUAUUUGUAUCAGAAAUUUGUGUUCAUUUUGUUAAAAAGAUAUAUGUGUUUAGAUACAUUACAAUUUGGUAUUAUCUAAAGUUUGAUUAAGGAUAAAUAGAAAUGGUAUAUCUCUUUUAAAUUCAUUGUAUUUUUAUAUUGUCUUUUCUAGACGGGAUCCGUUGCGUCUCUUGUUUUAUCGUCUCUGUGAUGUCUAGAUAUUUACAAGAAGAUUUACUUCAAGCUUAUAUUUGACUGUUCAAGAAGCCCCAUAGCAUUUUGUACUUUAAUUUUGACUGAGAUGUCCUCCAUUCAUCGUAUAUUUUCGACGUAAAGUGAGACUGAUUUGUUCUUCAGUUUUACAUUAAAAUCAUGACUAAAAUCAGAGAAAAGCUUUUAAACUCUUCCACAUUUGACUGCUGUUUAUCAUGAACAUUUAUGUUCGUCACAAUGCUGGUAAUUUGUAAAUACUUGCCUCACCAUUUGUUUAGAAUUUAAUUGGAUAAUUACUUGCGAAAAGCAAUUUUGCAAAUAGCUUUAUUGAUUUGAAGACUGUCUAACUCUUAAAGAGCUUUUAAUAUAUAUCUGCGCCAUUUAGAGAGACACAAUCCUUGCCAUUUGACAAGUAUAUGCCCGUUGUCAAACCAGUUAAGAUUUGUAUUUAUAUUGACACCUAAUUCAGCUAAAUUGUCAAAAGUAUUUGAUAAACCAGAAGUAGAAAUCAAAAUGAAGCAGUAGUUUGAAAGGAAACUGACAAUCAUGUCAUAUAGAACAUUACCCUAUAAGCAGCGACGAAGCCGGGGCAAGCAAACAGUUGUAAAUGUUCUUCGAAUGUGUCCCUUUCCAAAAGAGAGGGUCAAUAUUCUUUCACUCAUGUGUGUCAGUCUUUAGAAGUUGGUAAACCAUUUGGCUUCCGGUCAAUGAAUAAAGAAUGCUUAGUCUCACAUUCUAACACGACCAGCAAAUAACUUACAUGCAUGUAGAGCAACAUCUAUCUCGGGUUAUUCUGCAAUAAACCACUCGCGUGCAAUGACGUCAUCCGAUCCAGGUGCGUAACACGGUCGUAAAAAGUAGUUACCAUUUUUUCUUAUACUGUUGAUACUAGUAUGUCGUGUUAGAAUCAAAAUAAUAAGUUCCAAAGUGUGAUUCUUAUGCGAAACAAUAUAUCACUCAGGCCUACGGCCUUGGUGAUAUAUUCUUACGCAUAAGAACUCAAAACUCGGGUUAUUCUAUGAUAAACCACGUUUGGGAACUUAUUAUUUCUUAAAUAUUCAAAUUUCAUGUGAUGAUUGCCUGUAGUCAGUUGGCCCUUAUUGUUUUCAGGUCAAAAAUCAAGUUUACUGUGUCCAAACUGAAACGGUUUUCGCUUAAUACGUGUAAACGCUUUGACAUACAGAUAUCAAACUUCGUAGUAUGACUGCCUGUGAUCUGUAAAUGACACUAUCAUUUUGGAUGUCAGUAUGUCUAGAAUCAAGGUCACUGGGACCUCGAGACUGAAACCCGUUUCCACGCAAUAAUCGUGUAGAUGGCCCCUAUUGUUUUGGUCUAGGGCCAAGGUGACCUCGAGACUGAAAAUGGUUUUCGCUUAGUAAUUGAAGUACUCUUUAGUCCACAGCUUUCAAACUUCAUUAGAUGAUUAACUUGCUAUAGUCAUUUAGAUGACCCCUUUUGUUAUGAGGGUAAGAACGUCAUUGUCAUAGUGAUAUCGGGACUGAAAAUUAGACAGGCAGUCACGGGGAUCAUACAUCUCUUGUUUACCGAAUUUACGCAUAUCAUUUUUUAAACUCCUCUCUUGUUUUUAUUUCUUUUCUCUGUCGAAAAUUUACUUAUUUCAAUUAAAACUGAACAAAGUCAUGAAUGAUCGUUAUGUUAAAAUUGACCAUAAAUCAAAAACAGUCUGACGUAUAUCAACUGAGCUGUGACACUUGAAUUCUGUAAAUGUUUGGUAGAGAUAACAACAAAAAUAUCAAGUAUGGAGUUACAAAUGUUUAAAGUGUAUGCCUCUUUUACGAAUUAACAGUUUCUAUAUGAAAGCAUGUAUUUUGAUGACUUUAUUUAAACUCAACUUACGUGCUUGUUCACUGUGAUUAUAUGACGUGCAAUGCACAUGUAUCAUUACUCUGCUUUCUUUUCUUUUUUAAAAAUGUUGUACCAUUUAUUUAACUCAUUCUGAACUUUGUUCAGGGUAAGCUUUUAGUAUAGAUGGGUCGUCAUGCGUCUUGCGUCAACAUUUUUACUUUAACAUCUUCUCGUUUGAAACUACUUGUCAAACGUUCACCAAACUUGGUCUUUAGCCUUGACGUAUGGCCCUCUCUAAAGUUUGUUCGAAUGGUUGCAUUUAAUUUAUGUAGGAACCGCCAGAGAUGAAAGAGGGAAAAAACGUUUUAACAACUUCUUCUUAUGAAUCACAUGAAAUAGUUUAAUAUACGUGGUUUGUAUUGUCCUUAUGUGGUCUUUCAAAUUUGUUUAACAUGAUCUCUGUUGCGGCCGACAUAACUUAAACUUUCUGAAGAAACAUUUAAACAUCUCGCCUCAUGAACUUGGGAUAGAUCCUCGCCAAAGAUUGAUUUGUAGCAUCGUUGUAUGGUCUUCUUUCAGAUUCUUUCAAAUAAUUUCGCUUGGCCGAUUUUAGCACUAGCUAGACAUAAAAAUAGAAGAAAAAAACUACUUAUUGCUAUGAACUUCUUUAAGGAUCAUCACCAGAUUGCUUCUGUAGCAUUCUUGUAAGGUCCUUUAUCACUGUUUUGCGGCCCUUUUAUGCUAAAACACGAAACAACUUCUCGUGAACCACUUCAUGGAUUUUAGCUCAUCUUAGCCAAAGGCUUGUGGUGAGCUUUUGUGACCGCUCAAUGUCCGUCGUGCGUCGUGUGUCGUGCGUCCGUCAACAUUUUCUUAUAAAAUCUUCUAGAAAACCACUGGGCAGAAUUACACCAAACUUCACAGGAAUGAUCCUUGGGUGGUCCCCUUUCAAAGUUGUUCAAAGAAUUUAGUCCAUGGAGAACACUGGUUGCAAUGGCAACCGAAAGGAAAAACUUUAAAAAUCAUCUUGUCCAAAACCGCAAGGCGUAGAGCCUUGAUAUUUGGCUUGUGACAUCAUCUUAUGGUCCUCUAUUAAGAUUGUUCAAAUUGUGCCCCUGAGGUGAAAAGACUGUUUAAUUAUAUUUACCUGAUGUACCAAAGUUGUUACGGGUCACCUUACUAUAACCUUGACCUACUGACCUACUUUCUUGUUGUUUUUUUUAAGAUACAGCCUUGAAAUUUGGAUGACAUGUAGUUUUGCAUACCGAUUUUAAAACUGACUUUCAGUGACCAUGAAUGUGACCUACUGACCUACUUUCUAAUAUUUUAGCAUCAGUUUGCCAUUUGAAACAUGUGGCUCAUAUUAUUCAGGUGAGCGAGUCAGGGUCAUCAUGACCCUCUUGUUGCCACACAUGGUCUGUAACAUCCAUGUUCAGACCUAUCUCAAGCUCUGCAUGACCACUUUUAGGGCAACUACAAUCUGACUAAAGUACAUCUCCUGUUACGCUACGCUUAGGAUCUGAAGACGUGCUAUUGAUAGCCUCGUUCUGACGACCGUUCCGCUAACCAGUCAGAGCCUUAAUUACAACAUUUUGUAAAUCUAAGGUAUGUCGAUGGUCUUACUAGGAUGCCCAUCCAAGUCUUCCGUCCAUCAAAAGCUGUAAAUGCGGUAAUAUGACUUUUCAUGAGCAGCCAGAACUCAUCUGCGGAUGUCUCUAAAUUGCUUUUUGUACUUUUAGCAUGUGUAAAUGUUGAGUUCUGCUCAACCCGGGGCUAGAGGGCGUGGACGGUAGCAUGCAUUUCCACUACCGUCCAUGAACAGGCUCAAUCAAACCGAGCCUGCAACAUUUUCGUUUUUGUCGUGUUGGGCGACCUGUGAAGUUUUUUAGAAUAGAUACUAAAGGUAAAACAUUGUGCCCGUACACAUUUCUAAAUAUGUCUCCGAUAUCAAGGUCACGAAUCUUCAUGACCGACGGCGGCCAUCUCUGUGAUAUUACAAGAUGAAUGUUUUCAUACUAAACACAAGUGUUAUGUGUCAGAAUUCAUGUGUAAGGUCAGGUUUAGGUGAACGACUUGGGGCAAUCAUGGUUCACCCGUUGCUAUGUUUGCAGGUAUCCAGUUUCAAGUUUUCUGUUGUAACGUAUCUUGAUGGUGCUUUAUUUUGUUAAUAUGGAUAUAUUCCCAAAUUGUUUUUAUAAAUAAAAUAUUUAUCUGUUA